CUGACAGUGCAUCUGGCCUGAGAGUGCAUCUGGUCUGCAGCCAGACCCUUCUCGAAAAAAGCGAAUGGACGCGGGGAAUGCAUGCGGCAUAAAACGCAAAACAAGAAGUAUUGCGGAAGUAUUGAAGAGGUGCGAGAAACCUGCGAUCCACGCUUAUGUUAAAUAGUGUGCCUGCAUCAAACGAAGAAGUUCGCUGUCAUCAUGCCAGACGAGCAAUUUUGAUGUUAUAAUCAUUUUAAGGCUAUUAUAUAACCUUUAACAAUGGCAGCAAGUUACUUUUUUGCAUUAUCGAUACUCCUGAUCUCCAAAACAGGGUCCAGUGCUGAAGACAUCGUGUUUGUGCAAACAGGAGAUUCAGUUCAGCUGGAUAUACAGAGAGAUGUGCCUGCUCAUUUCUCUGAGCUAUCCUGGGAGAAUGACAAAUCAAGCACUAUAGUGAAAUUUUAUAAAGAAUUUAAUAACCUAAAGAAUUAUUAUCCUGACAAGGCAGGUUUUAAUAAUAAAACCCUUUCUCUAACACUGAAGAACAUGCAGGAGAAUGACAGUGGGGUUUAUACAGCAGAUAUACCUGGAAGACAAAGCAUAAAUGUUGCUGUAUAUACAGUAAAUGUUUUGGAUGCAGUGAAGGCUCCUGUUCUUACUGUCAUCUCAAACUCAUCCAGCAGUGACUCCUGCACUGUGAACUUUACCUGUACAGGUCAUGACCUCACACUCAACUCCAUAUACACCAACAGCUGCUGCUCUCCAGAGGAUGUGACAUCAGUGAAGAAGUACACGCUCAUUCUGAUCUGCAGUGAGAACACCAUCAUCUGUAACCAUAGCAACCCUGUCAGCUGGAAAACGGAGUCAACAGACACUAAACAGUUUUGUGAAGAGAAACCAGCAACACAUCAAGAGUCCAGCAAACAUCUUAACUUAGUGAUUGGCUGUGUUGUCGGCUUUCUGGUUUUGGUGAUGGCUGGGUUUGUUUUGGACAGCUCUUACUAUUGGAAAAGACGUAAAGCACGUUCGCCUCACACCUCCAGGGUUGGGGGUUCGAUUCCCACUUCCGACAUGCGUGUGUGGAGUUUGCAUGUUCUCCCCAUGCCUCGGGGGUUUCCUCCGGGUACUCCGGUUUCCUCCCCUGGUCCAAAGACAUGCAUGUUCCUCAGCUUUAUGCUUGUUCCUGGUGUCCUCGAGUUGUCUAUUUCUCCCGCACUGUCUUUAGUGUCCCUACUGUGGCCUAGUGGUGGAGUCGGGAUCUCGUCAAACCGGAGACCCGAGUUCGAUUCCUGCUCCUGACAGAAAUUUUCCUACUUCCAUAUUAUAUAGUAGGCGAAAAAUGAGUAUGACUCAUGAGUAGUAUGUCUGGAACCUCUGUAUGCACAAAACAGAGAGAAAUACCCCGAUGGUCUACUGCUUCGGUCUACUGCUUCCACCGAGAUUUGUGACUGUGUCAGAUGGACACUUCGCUAUCCCAUGAUACAACGGGAGCUUAGCAGCGGUCAAAUUUAAAAUGUAGUCAAAUAAAAAUGGAAGAAAACUUCAGAUCGAGUAUCUAUUUUUUACAUGUAACUACAGAUUAAUACAUUUCUUAUGAAUGAAUUGUUUGUACCGACACCUACAUACACGUUCAUGUUAAUUCGUCAUAUAUGAAAUCUAUUCUUACUACUCACACACACAUUCUAUCAAACAUACUAUUUUAACUGUCGAUACUUAGUUACUUAAUUUAAAUCAGUACAUACUGUCAUAGUAUGCAAUUUUCGGACGCCCUCACUAAAUCCUUGGUGUGACUUGUCUUUAGAAACCCUAACUCAGACCCUAACCUAAACCUAACCCAAACCACCUAUGAUUCUUAAACUUGACAUAAAACACGGCUACGUGAUGAUAUCAGACUCGAUACACCAAGGAUUUAGUGAGAGCCAUUAGUCUUUCGUAGUCAAGACCUGCCCAAGAGGCCCUAUGACUGACAGGUAAAGAAACCAAUCAUGUUUCAUUUUGUGCCGCGUCAUGUUAAGAGGCAUGGAAAUUUCCCCACAGGAACAACCGGUGUAUAUUCACAAACAUGUCAAAAAAAGUUUCAGUGUAUUUUCCUGGUUGCCAACUCUCACACACUUAAGAGUGGGACACACGCUUCCAGGCUUUAUCACGCCAUAACAACAAGCGAACGUCGAACGCCACAUUCACAUGCAACUUUACCUGGGUUUGGAGGCCGUCAAGUCAGCAGUCUAUAAUUUAUAAUUACAAUGAUAUCAGGACAACUAGAUGCCUAGUGAGUUUUGAGGAGAUAGGCUACAAUAAAGUGUUUUCAGUUCAUAUCUAUAGAUUAUAAUCGUGGUGGAAUCUUAUGUAUUGUUUCUACCUUUAAAUUAUUGUUUAUAGUUUAAGAAGUCUUUCUUCUGCUUUUCUUUAACCUGGUUUAUGUGUGCUUUCCUGUGGCUCAGUGGUUAGAGUCACCCUCAGGUACAUUAAUGUAACCGUGAUAAUACAAUUGGUAAAAGUUUUUAUUUAUGUAUUGUUUGCUGCAUGGUUUUCAGUUAGCCAUGUCAUUUUUCACACCCACUUAUCUGUAACUUGUCUUCUUAUUGAAUGUUAUUAUGCUAGUUGUUCGUUUCUGUAUAAGAAAAUAGUAAAAAAUUAUAACUGACAAAAAAUAUAAAACACAAUGAACAAGCUAAAACAGAAUUGCUAUUGCACAGGAAUAGAACUUUUUGCAGUUCUCUUUAUUAUCUGAAUUACAUUCUAUUACCUGAGGGUUAACAUGAUGACAAUGAGGAAGACGCUCCGAUGACUAACCAACUUCAAAUACCAAUUACUAACUAAUACACCAACUAAAUGAGAAAUACAUUUUAAGUACAAACACUAAAAUCAAUACAAAACAAUAAAGAUAACAACAUGCAGAUCGCUCUUUAAAAUCCAUCAAUCUGUCUUCAGUAUCGACUUCCUUGUAAGGGAGCUGUCAAUCAGGCGGGGACUACAUGUAGUGACAUAAAUCCGCAGCGUUUGUGUGAUUCAGAGUCAACUCCCUUUCUUCAAGCCAAUAACUAUGUUAUUCAUCCACCUUUGGCAGACUGCUUUCAUUCACACACGGCAGCAUUACACACUGCAUGACAUGUAAUUCACAUGAUCUGGUAAAAUAUACUCUUUAAGAAAAAUGCUGUUUAUUCGAAAAUCAUGUCACAUUCUUGCAGCUUAUUGUUUUCAUUAUGAAGCAGUUUUUUCCUUUCUCAUUGCAUUUUUCGUUCACGUUUUUUUUAAGGUUGUGUAAUUUUUUUUGCACAAAUAAAAUAAUCCCAUUUCUUCACCAAGGUUAAGGCAGUAGAAACAACUGGAGUGUCAUGCACACAAACAUUGGCAUAUCGCACGCAUGCAAAAUUGAGUUUGCCUUACAUAUUACACCAUUUUGCAACAGUACACUGUAUUUAUGAUUAUUGAUUAUUAUAUUGGGGGGCAAGGUGGCUUAGUGGUUAAUACGUUCGCCUCACACCUCCAGGGUUGGGGCUUCGAUUCCCGCUUCCAACUUGUGUGUGUGGAGUUUGUAUGUUCUCCCCGUGCCUCGGGGGUUUCCUCCGGGUACUCCGGUUUCCUCCCCUGGUCCAAAGACAUGCAUGGUGGCCGACAGGACCUUAAUACAGACUAUGACGGAGUUGGGACUCCAGGUCAGACACGACAGGAAAAAGAAUCCAGUACAGUCUACUAUGCGGUUGCGCAACCCUGAAUCAGCCGGUGACUGCUGUAACAGAACAUACAAUUUAUUCACAAGUCUGCAAACAACCGCCAGCUAAUAGACCAGACGCCACUUCAUCCAACAACAUCAGAAAACAAACAAAGGACUGUGGAUAGUUACAAACAUGAAGAAUAUGACACACUGUCAUUUGGCCAAGUGCUUGUAUUCUUUAGCAGUUCUUUUUGAUGAUUUGUUAUAAAAAACUUGGGUUCUAAUAUAUUUUCAUUAGAAAUAUUAGUUGGGAGUAAAAAAAGUGUGUUCAAAUCAGCUGGUACUGUGAAUGUCAAUGUAAAAAUGCUGGCAUAUCUUUAGCCUAACACUGUAUAUUAACUUUCUUGCCUCACAUUCCAUGUUUUAUAAACAUUUAAUUCAUUCUGUGACAUGCCAAAUUCAAAGGGUGAUUCAUUUUCUUGAGUCCACUGGCUGUCUCUUGUCUGAGUUGUUUCACCUGUAUACAUCUAUAAUGGACAGUUUGUUUAGAUUGUAUAUAAUAGAAUUUGUAAUUUUUCAUAACUUAACAUUAAUGCUCAAAUGUAAAUUCGUAAUUUAGGACAGUGUAUUAUUUUAAAAUUGUGACGGGCGAGGCGGGACGAGAUAAUGAUAAUGAGUGUCAGCUACGCGUUGUACUGGCUGGUAUCUCUCACCAGAGAUAAAGCAUAAAAGCAUAAAAGGAAAAGGGACAGAAUGUACGACCAGAGAGGACCGGGCCCGGAUAUAUUAAGUUUGUAUUAUUUUCUUGUGGCCAGCAGUCGACCGUGAGGUGGCUGCCGGUCUUUCACUUCCUUAUUGUUUGUUUAUUUUUUAUUAAACUUUAUUGAUUGUUCGCUGGUUCCCGCCUCCGCCCUUUCCUACUUUGAACUGUAUUACACAAAUAUAUUGUGGUUGAAAUGUUUUUAAUCUGCUAACAUCUGAUUUUCAGUGUCUCUUUUUAACUCCAUAUUCUUACACUUCAUUGACCCUGAGGAGUGGGCAUGUGUGGAGGACUGAGUAAUCAAACAGAAAGUGUGGGCGUGUUUACGGGAAGUGAUGUGGGUUAGGGGAUGUGAAGGGGGAACACAGCAAAGACAGAAGACAGACCCCUGAAGACUUUAUAAAACAUUUAAAAAGCUUAUUUUCAAAUCUAGCAAUCCAACUAUUACAAAUCCUGCUAUCUAAUAGACUUAGUUUUUAGGCCUAAGUGACAUCUAUAAAGGUUGUGAUAAAUGGUUUACUUAAAAUAAUGUCAAUAGCAAUAAUAUUUUACAAUAUUCAUUCACCUUUUGGGCUGAGGAACCUGAGAAGCAUUGGCAAUGGCAAUUUAUUUUUAUAGCACUAUUAAUUUCAACCAGAGGUUGAACAAUGUGCUUGAACAUCACAAGAGACAAAAAAGAGCAUAAGAAGAAAAAUACAGAAAAUAUAAAGAAUACAUAGAUAACUAUUAAAUUCCAUAGAAAUUUGUAGAAAUAUACAAAAGCUACAAAGAUAAAAAUAAAAAAUAAAAAGCCUUAUCAAAGAAAUAGGUCUUAAAAGCCCAGUCUUAAAAGAAGACACAGAUGUAGCCUUUUUUAUUGUAAUGGGAAGUGCAUUUCAAAGUUGAGGGGCAACAAAAGAAAAGGCUCAGAAACCCCUGCGCUUUUGAUUAAUUUUAAUAAGGGUUUAUAUCAAUAACAUUUUCUGUGUGUGUUUUUAUAUGAUUAUUACUUAUUACUGCUUACCUUAUAUAACAUUACAUUAUUUUACUGUGUUGAGUAGGGCCUCAGAGUUAAGAGAGAAUAUUAGAGGGCAAAGAGGUAUUUUCAACAGGAUGUGGGGGUUGAGUAUGUGUGGGCAGCAUUCCAUGCAGGGGAGAAGAUAAGAGAUGUGUGCUGCACAUCCAAACACACAUACCCUAAUAGUGCGGGGUCCUAAGUUUAUGUGGAGGCAGGUGGGGGAAGUAUUUUGUGUUGCAGAUAGUAAAAGAAGAAGGAUGUAGUCUACGAAAAUAUGAGAUGAAGCAUCACUCCAUUGGACACAAAGAAAGUAGCAGAGGUCAAGGCGCUCAGGGGUUGGCCACUGUCCGAAGCAAGCUUGAAGACACACCCACACAUACACAUAUAAAAUUGUUGUAAACCACUGAGGCGGGGCUGAUUUUUCCUUGAAGACUCUGUAGUCACAAGAAAGGAAGCCCAGCGCUGUAUUUCAGAUUAAUAAACUUCAACUUUUGUUCAA